UACACAGCGCAACACAACCAGAGAGCAGGAAACGCAGAAUUAAUCCUCCGUCCUGAAUCAGCCUUGAACAUAUUUGAUCGUUUUCUUUAUUAAGCCUUUAGUUGGCGCUGAUACAGUUCUCAGUCCGCCCAUCACAUCUCAGCAUUCAGGCAGGAGUGGUUUAAAGCGUGGGAGGAGGGAGACUGCAUCUGAAACAUCAUCAUGCCCGGACCGGUGUGCGUGCACGUUGCAGCGCUUUUUAUCAGAUACUUGGCAUUUUAAAAAGAUCCGAGGACGAGAAUACGAGUCUGCGAAAUCAUGCUCAGUAAUGUUUCGAGCAGGCUUGUAAAAGCUAUGCAUUUGUUUUUCUUGUUAUUCAUAAACGCUGUCUGAAUGUGAACGUUGCUAUCCACAGCAUUAGUUUAAUGCUAUUUAUAUCCAGCUCGUCUCAUCUGCGCUCAGCUGGAAUGAAAGGGGAGCGUCGCUACCAGAAGAAACAACGCAUCACUCUGGAAAAGGGUAAAAUAAAUGAAUCGUGUUUGCUCUGUUAAUAAUAACUUCCCAUAUGACAACAACCUCCUGGUCCUGGAUAUGGUCCUGAGCUCCCUAUGGGCAACGCCUCAGCCAAUCAACUGGGAGAAUGUUGCCAAGUUGGUUCCAGGGUUCACACCAAAAGAAUGUGCACAGAGAUUUGAAGAACUGAAAACUACAGGCAGUUUCCCUCAUCUUGACGACCAAUGUAACCCGCUGACCGGAGCAGUGAGCUCCCCACCAGAAUCAUUUUCCUCAUAUAUCAAAUCCAACCUCCUGGAUAACGCUGAAGAGACGGGAGAACCAGAGUCCAUUCAUAGCGCUCUUUUGGUGUCAGCAGGCCACACUGUGGUUUCUACUCCUCGAGGAGCCUACGUAGAGAAUGAAGAUGAAGAUCCUGCAGACAAGGUGGAGGAGACAGAAGGGAAUAAUAGUCCCAACAUGGUAAUUCACGUAUGUGACGAAGCAAAGAACCUGAAGCAGGACUUUGUGUGUCCAAGAAACCUCCUGGUGAGAGAGAUGCGUUACUUUGAAGAAUAUCUCUCUGUGGACCCUCAACGCUGGGACGAGGUGGACAUCUCCGUCCAUUGUGAUGUCCAGAUCUUCGACUGGCUCAUGAACUACGUCAAGAGUCACAACACCGAACAUCCGCAAGGGCAACACAUCGACAAACCCAAACUGGAGCACAGCAAUGUCAUCUCAAUCCUGAUCUCCUCCGAGUUCUUGAAGAUGGAAACUUUAGUUGAUGAGUGUAUCCGAUUUUGUCACACACACAUGAAUGCCAUCAUAGCAACACCGUGCAAUAUGAGCUGCAUCAACAACAACCUGGCCGGACGCAUCGCUGAUCUGUUUGGUCACAACGAAGCAGAUGACCUCAAGGACAAAAAAGACAAAUUCAAAAGCAAACUGUUUCAGAAGAAGAUCGAGAGAUUGUUUGACACUAAAUACCAGAAUCAUGACUCCCUUCAUAAUGCAUCUACUCUGUACAGAUGUGGCCUUUGCCUUAAGCUUCUAACCAAAGAAACUGAGAAAAAAAUCCCUUGUGUUCCAAACAAAAUCAACAUAGAUUCCCGAGGAAAUAUUAUAUUCUCUCACACCAGACAUAAGGCCUGGGAGGUACAUGAAUAUGUGACUGGGCUUUAUGAAGAAUUAAAGUCCUGGGUUUUGGUCUACUGGAGAAUCUGGGGCACCAUCAACUUCCUAACAUGCUCACGCUGCAAACAGGCUUUCCUGUGUACAGAGUUGGGCCAGUGCAGGUACCACCCAGAGGCAGUUGUGUAUCCUGGUAUCGGGGCAGAUCAUAAAUGGCAUGGCAUAGGUCUUUACCCCUGCUGCAAGCAGAGGGUCCUAAGAUUCGACCCUUCCUCCAUUCCUACGGGCUGUAAAACAAGAGACCACAUUGUGAGUGCGGCAGAUGGUGGAGACUGCAGCGAUCACAUUGUAAACUCAACCCAGACCAGAAUACUGAAUGACCUGCUGCUGCACAGAGAGGCUAUGUGUGUGCCAGAGAGUAGUCCUGAGAGCCCUUCUGCAGGCAGUGAUUGUGUGCCAAGUUGUGAUAUAAUGCUUGAUCCAGGGGUGCUUACCGCCCACAGACCAGGGGAAAACACUGCUUUUUCACUGUUAAAAAACUGGAGUCUUCACCGGCGGCCACAGUCUCUGCUGUCUGAGGAUGAGGAGUACACUACAGGGUCAGAGGUCACAGAAGAUGAAGUUGGGGAUGAAGAAGACACCUCAAAAAAGCAAGCUGUAAAGAAAGCCAGAAAAUCUGGCAAACCUUUGAAAAGACAAGUGUCCUCUCCGAAUUUCCAGCGUAAAGAGAAAUCUGGAGAGAAGGCGCCCUCACGAGAUUCAACCCCAUUCAUUGUCAGCAUCCAGAAGAAUAAAUGGGAUAGCACUCGCUCCAUGAGGUACAAUCAAGACGCUCAGAGAGAGGAGGAUCAAAGGAGAAUGGAGGAGAUUAUAGCAAAUCUCACAAAAAUUCGCUUCGGGGACCAAGAGCAAACAAAGUUUAAAGACUCAAAAGAGCCUGCAGGUGGUCUGUACUCCAGACUGGAGGCCCAGUUUAAAGCUUCUCAAUCCAGUGGAAGAAAUAGCAGCACCGAGAAAACACUGAGAGCGAAGACACGCUCGGGGCCGUCGAGACCGACUUAGAUGAGUUUGUGAAAGGAGGAGUAAAGAAGUUGCUGCUGUUUGAUGAGGCAGAAGAAGUCUCCCUCUCUUCGUCCUUAACCCCUUUACCCUGGCCAGACGAGGAGAGAAGAACGAAAUUUUGGCGGAGUCAGUGAUGUCACAACUGUAGCUAUAUUACAUAACAAUGGACUUUAUUAAGACGGUUGCACUGCGAACAAUACAAGCUUUUGGCUGCUGUUGGACUGGUUGCACCCACAAAAAUAAAUCUUUGCAUAUUUUCCUUCUGCAUCUGCGCACGUCCCAUAAAUGACCUUUCGCACCUUUUACUUUAUACCGUGUCUCUCUUUCUGGCUCAGGUUCCAUUUCAACAGCAGCUUGUUGCAAUGUCUGUGCCCAUGCUUCAUAUACUGUAGUUGACUCAGGUGACCAGACAAAGCUCAUCUGCACCUUAAGCCGUACUAAUGCAAUGACUUUAACUUGUAUAGUACGCAAAUGAAUCCCUGGGUAGAGCUUGAGACGGACAAAAUAUGUGGACAUGUCUCCAGAUCCAUUUGUGCCAUUUGGACCAAUGUGUCAUGGAAUGGAAUACAGAAUAAAUAAUCAUUUAAAAUGAA